UUGAAUAUAAUUUUUUUCCAGUUCCUUUAUGCUUUUCACAUUGAGCCUCUUAUAAAUAUGGACAACAUAGAAUUAAUAAAACAACCUGAAGAUGCCACUGAAUGUCCUUACCAGUUGUCUCAGUUACAGGAUAGCAGAGUAAAAGAUGAAGGUCAACAAUUCUUUUUUGAUAUGAAGGCUCCAUUAGCAAAAGGACAGAAAAGAUCUAAGGAUGAUGAAGACAAACAGAAGAAAAAGCAUAAACCAGCACAACCGUCUGGCCCUUGUUGGUUCUGUUUACGUGGAGAAAAAGUGGAGAAACAUUUGGUUGUUAGUGUUGGAGAGACAACAUACAUGGCUUUAGCAAAAGGAGCCAUGGUUCCAGAUCAUGUUCUUAUCCUCCCAAUUGGUCAUUACCAGUCUACUGUGGUGGCUCCAAGUGAAGUUGUGGAAGAAAUUGAGAAAUAUAAGUCCAAUUUAAGAAAAUAUUUCAAGUGUUUGGGGAAAGUUGUAGUUUUCUUUGAACGAAAUUACAAGACAUCACAUCUUCAGAUACAGGCCAUUCCCGUCCCUGCAAAUCUUGCAUGUAAUAUUACCGACACAUUUACAGAGUUUGCAGUUGAGGAGUCCAUUGAUCUGAAUGAAAUACCAAAGCAUUCUGAUUUAAAGCAGAUUGUUAAUGUUGAGGUACCAUAUUUCUAUGUAGAAGUACCAACAGGAGAGAAAUUUCUCUGCAGGAUAUCCAAAGGUUUCCCAUUACAAUUUGGCAGAGAUGUUUUGGCUUCCCCAAUACUGCUUAAUAUGCCUGAACGUAUCAACUGGAAGAGUUGUACAGAAAGUCAAGAAGAGGAAAAACAAAUGGCUCAGGAAUUUAAGAAAAAGUUCAAAGACUUUGAUUUUAAUUUUAGUUCUUAACACAUUUUUUAAAAAUGAAUAAAUUGAUUUUAAUGUG